AUCUCAUGCAUAGUACCUCACCCUACCUACCCAGUAGGAGGAGGUACGUUACUAUAUGAUUUCGUUUCGUUCAAGAUCAAAAUUGAUAGUACCUUAUGUAACCAUACCUUACAUACAACUUAUUUCGGGGAGCAUACAUGUAAAUCAUGCUAUUAUACUACUUAGUAGUACUUGCACUGUAGCAACCAUUAAUGUGGUCAGUGCUUUCUCUUGCUUGCUAUGGUUGUUCUGUCGUCAUUACGUUGUCAUUACAUUGUCAUCUCAGGCUACCAAAACAGUCAUACCUACAUACCUACUACUUACCUAGUAGUAUGUAGUAAGAUCUCGAAAAUUCCACGGCCGCCCAUUUGCAAUAAUAAUGCAGCAGCAACACCCAAGAAGGUAUCCACCGAUUCUCCCAUCAGGACCCCUCCCCACACCCGAGAGUGCUAUUUCCCGACGGCAGAGACCUGGAGCCUGUGUUCAUUGUAGAAAAAGCAAGACCAAGUGCGAUGGGGUCCGACCCAAAUGUUCGCAUUGUGUAAAACGCGGAGUGGUGACGUGCAUUUACCUCGAUAAAAUCAAGGCCGGCCCCGAAGUGAUGGAGGUGCUUGAGCUUCUGAAAUCGCUGCCCGAGGAACGUGCAAUUGCCCUUCUGGGCGUAUUUCGAGAAGGCGGAGACCUCAUCACGGCCCUAUCUGCCUUCAAAGAAAAUAUCUCAGAAGAAGCCGGGAGUGCCCUGGAGCAGAACCCCGCUACGGCGCGGAGUCCACUGGAGUCGGAGCUGAUGGCCAGUAAUGCAAAGACGUAUCCACCUUUGCCGCCCAUCAAUUCAUCCGUCUUGGCAAACAGCAAUCUUCUCCGCCCCGUGCGGCCUUCCACAGAUGCACAUGCUAGCGGCUCAAUUCCCCCUAUUGGCGCCAGUGCUGGCGCUGCGGGCAGACAGUUCCCGCUUCCGACAGGUUCUACCCACGAGGUCGAGUAUUGCGAUGAACGACUGCACGAUCUUCAAGUAGCUUUUUGGACUGAUGUUAUGAUCACGAAUGACUUUGCCGCACGAAUCAUCUCCUUAUAUAUCACGACAGAUCAUCCGCUUCUGGGCCUCUUCAGCCCGCGACUAUUUAUCACUGACCUCGUCAAUCAACAGAAUAGAUUUUGCUCAAGGUUUCUUUUCCAUGCUUUGAUGUAUUUGGGUUGUCAAAUGUAUAGUGCCAUUGAUGGAAAUGCAAUGCAGCAUGCCGCUCAAUUCUAUGAAGAAACUGAAAUGCUUUGGGUGGAACAGCAGGACUCAUACUUGACCAUGGCUGGUGCAAUAUUACUCAGCCUUUCUCUCAUAGGGAACAGUAGAGAUCAUUCGAUUCUAUUCUAUGCAACACAAGCUAUGGAGAUGGGUAAACGCCUAGGACUCUUGAAAGCCGAGGAAGAAGCAGCGAUUAGCCUUGAUAAGAACAUGUCAGAAGACGAAUCGAAGGCAUACUCCUAUGCGGCGUGGGGGGUGUUCAAUUGGAAUGUACACAUAUCCCUAUUUUACCGGCAGCCAGAAUCCGAGAGCCCAGGCUCACUUCCUACGAUACCCAUUCCGAGGGAAAUAGCUUCUGGUAAGGCGGCAGUUGGUUCAUCUAGAGAAUCUGUAGCGUAUGAGAACCUAUUAGAAGGAAUCUUCCCAGCGGUAUGUCAGUUUUGGCAGAUUAUCCACGGAGCUGAAUGGAUUUAUAAUCCGACUCAUGAUAGUCCGCCCGCCCGCUAUAGGAUGGCUCUUGCUGAGCACGUCUUCCGUGAACUACUCGCUUGGGUAGAUGCCCUUCCAUCUUCGCUACUUCGGACAGCGGGCGGCUCUCAGCAAGUGACUGUGCUCCACAUAUGGCUUCAUGCUGCCAUUCUCGACAUAUUCCGACCUUUCAUCGGACACCCGGAAGGCCAGAGGCCACGGCUGACGACAUUCUCGGCCGCUGAUAGUUCUCCGGAUAUGGUAUAUACAGCUUCGGUGAAUCAGCUUAAGCACCUCAUCGUCCAAUAUCGCAGCGAAUCGAUAUCAUCAACGUACUCGAUACUUUGGCAUACUGGGCUCCUUUAUCUCGCUAAUGCUAUGCUGAAAAACACGACUGAUCCAGAAUGGCAUCUUUAUCUACUUCUCUGCAUAUAUGGCUACGAGAGCCUUAGCCGUCCGUACAGAAUCUCGGAGACGAUUGUUCAGGGCAUUCUGUCGAUGACAAUGCGAGAAAGCCACAUGACUGGGACGGAGGCCAACCGAAUAAUCAACGAAAUCCGGCAAGGAAGGCUAGAGAACGUUAAGAAUGAUAUCGAGCACGAGAUCCGCGCCAAGUUCAUGGGUGACAUGGAGUUGGCACUUGAGGACCCAGAAGCGGCUAGAGUGGAGAAUCUUGCGGCUCAGUUUGACUACUUGGCGUUAUUCCAAGAUUUUCUUAACCAAGAGCAGAUGGAUAUACCUCGGGAUUCUUGAUCUACAUCUUCGUUGCAUACAAGGUACUUAUAUAUAAGUCAAGCGCUAGGAGUAUAUGUGUGUGUGAAGGUAUAAGAAGGUAUAAAAGUAUCUAGUUAUCGGCUUGAAGUUGUUUCGUGUAUAGAUAGGGGGAUGCUAGGUAGAGAAGUAAACCUGCUAGCUGGUAUAGUGAAGGUUUUAGGAUUUUAAGAGAAAAGUUGAUAUGCAGAUUAUACGAAACCGCAUACUUGUACUUUAACUACCUAUUUCAUGGUAUCUGCACAAUAUCUUCGUUAGGUUGUGAAGAGUCUGAAGGCACAUGGCAGCAGUUACAUAGGUAUCUACCACCUAUCGUACUA